CUGACUGUGGUAGCAGUUUCUUUUCUCCCCUGCUAGCUAGACGGUAUAUAAAAAGGCUGGCUGAGCCAUGCAGUGCUUCAGGGGAUUCCACACCCUCAGAAAGCAAAAUGUCUGACCAAAACGUCCAUAAUGCUGGUUUCACAUCCUCCGGGAUCACAGGAGGAUCACUUGCUUCAUCGAUGAUGUCCCAGGAAGCAAGAACAUCUGGGGGAGGUGUGCAUUCCGGAGGCCCUACUGCUACUCUCCAAGAAAUGGGUGCCAAAGGCUCAACCCAUUCAUCAGGUUUUACCAGCAGUGGGAUCUCCGGUGGAUCCCUGGCCUCCCAGAUGAUGUCCCAGGAGGCCAGAUCUCAUGGAGGUCAAACUCCCAGAGGUGGUACAACUUCCACUGUCCAGUCCAUCUCAAUGGGUGGCAAAGGAGGAAAACACUGAAGAGCAGAAAAACAUCAGUCUGGAACGAAGCUCUGCAAGCAAUUCAUCCUUUACCAAGAGUCAUUUGACAACUCCCCUUCUUUGCUCUCCCUGCCACAAACAUGAAAGGCAAAGCCUUUUUCACACUUCUGCACAAAUACAGUUUCUAUUAAAAUGAUGGACUCGUGCAUUAAAUUAGUGGGGACAGGGAUGAGGGGCAGUUUCUUCCUUGAUUAAACAUUCUCUGAAGCACAGGCACAUAUGAACACAAACCUAAAAUAGAAGCUAAGGUACUUUGGACUGCAAGGGUGUCUUACAAAAAUCCUGGGUUUAGCAAUGCUAGAGUCUCCAAUUACAGGUAGCUUCCUCUAUUUUACAAAAAAAGUGAUCACAGUGCAGAAGACACCCUGUUGUGAGAGAAGCAUAGAAAUACUCAAUAAGGGGCAUCCAGAAGUUCCCAUUGGAUGUACUUCUAAUGGGCUAUAAAUUAAAUUGUACUUUAUUAAAAAUACACAUAAGCAAAUGAGAACAGGACCCAAGAAAUUUCAUACCUCAGAGACGUAACUGAUAUUUGUAUAUGUCUACUAUUUCUAAGGUACCUUUCACGUUAAUUUAAUUUCAAGUCUCGGUUUACUGAGAGGUGUCAGCUUUGUCACAAUUGGACCACAACUACUCCUGUAGACUUCUUAUGACACCUGAGAACAGACAAGGAAGAGAGCCCAUUUUCUCUGGUGUAGGUCUCACUACUGGGGCCUCUUGCUGUUCCCCUCAUGUCUGACUCCCUUCCUUCAUAUGUACUCAUAUGAUGACGUUUCCUCAAAUACACGUAACAUCGUCCAUUCCUUGUACGAAUUCCCACAUACAUACUUCCACACACUUCCAUCUCCCUUCUGUCUGUCUCCUCAUCCUCCCUCCCUCUGUAUUUCUAACAAAACCACACAGUGUAGCUUCUCCGUUCCCUUCCUCACCCCAAGACAGAGGGAGAGAACCUCACACCUCCAGGCCAGGAGUUAAGAGCCAGUGGGUUUGUGGUGCCACAGUCAGUGAUUUUCUCCAACAGCUUCUGUCACCCAGCUUGAGCAUUUCCAUCUCAGCUGCAUCUCUUCAAGGCUGGGAGAUGUAUUUGUACCUGUGCACCUCAUGCUCUCAGACACGGCCUUCCCCCUCCUGCCUAGGCACCUUCCUGCAUGGACAUGAGAGGUCAGCAUUUGCCUUCGGUUGCAGAAAAGUGAAACUGAAUUAUUUGACAGGGGGAGGAGUGCUAGCAUGGAGUAGAGGCUGACGGGGAGGGGAAGAAAGGUAUCUUUGCUUGCUGUGCUAUGCAAAGUAUUAAAAGGCAAUUGAAAACAAA